CGUCUGCAUAUUAUGAACAAGCGAAGAAGCAUUGUCACAUUCUGCGAAAUACAAGCUACUCUUUUCCGAAACUGCAAUGCGUCUACUGCAUAUAAAAACUCUGCAGCUACAUUUCUUUCUCAUCGCGAAUUCACCGAGAUACGCCAUCUUAUCUCAUACCUGGGGGGACGAUGAAAUACUCUUCGACGACGUCCAGAAUAGGCCUGUUCGCAGCUGGCGAAAGAAACGCGCAUUUUCGAAACUAGAAGGAUUUUGUAAGAAAGCUAACCAGCAUGGCUAUGAAUAUGUUUGGAUUGAUACGUGCUGUAUCGACCAGGGCAGCAGUGCCGAAUUAUCUGAGGCCAUCAACUCCAUGUUUCAGUGGUACAAUCAAGCAGAAGUCUGCUACGUCUACCUUGACGAUACCACUCCGAACGCGCCCAUUGAUGGGUGUCGAUGGUUUACUCGAGGGUGGACGUUGCAGGAGUUGAUUGCCCCCACAGACGUCAGGUUUUUCGACAAGAGCUGGACAUUUAUCAACGAUCGAUUCUCCCUUGCACCGGUGCUCGCAAAUAUCACAGGUAUCAAAGAGGUAGUGCUUCGGCAUGGGCACGAGCCAUACCCUUCACGAUGGGCAGAUCACAAGUCCGACAACACGUUUAAUUCCUAUUGCUUGUCGUGCGGGUGCCGAUGGUGGUCCUCCAUUUAUGAUGAUGGCAUUGCCCAAUUCAGCGUCGCGCAGCGCAUGUCGUGGGCUGCAAAACGGGCAACAACACGAGAAGAGGACAUUGGGUACUGCCUCUUUGGCCUCUUUGAUGUUAAUCUGCCUUUGCUCUACGGCGAGGGCCCAAGGGCAUUCACUCGACUUCAAGAGGAGAUCGUCCGGCGAAACGACGAUCAAUCGAUCCUAGCCUUUAAUCAGGGUUGGGGUACGAUCCUCGCCAGCAGCCCAGAUUGCUUCGGUGUGGGCGAGAUCUAUUCCAAAUGGGCACUCGAUAGUGAAGUCGAAUUACUGAGCAAUCGCCAAUCUAAGCUUUACCUGGCUAAUGGUGGAUUGAGCGCCGACAUCUUAAUAUGUCCUCUGCGGGACUUUAGACCGCUAGAUUCGGAGCGUUAUUAUAUCGGCAUAUUGGAUUGUGCGAUGGGGCCAGACUUGCUCUCUAGACCUGCUAUUCUCCUGAAGCCGGUUCAUCUACCUGAGCACACAUUUCGAAGGUUUUUACCUGGCAUCUUGUGCUGUGUGGACCAACCCGGACACGGCCGCCUCGUGGGAAGUCCAAUUGGAAAUUGGACGGAUUUUAACUUUGACAUCGCUGAAGCUCAGGUUCAAAGGAUUACCAUCGUCCCAGAAUACGAUCUCCGCAAGGAUCCCAUUGUUCAGGGGACCCCCUUGCGGAUAAAGCCACUUAUUGAAUGCGGAGGAUACAGCGUGGAGGAUACAUUCCCAGAAAGACUCAGCGACACCAUGCUGACUUCCUCCCGAUUGACCCCAAGAGGCAUCAUCAUGUUCCAUAAGCCUUCAGCCCCCAGAUUUUGCGUCAUUUGGGAAUCAAGACGAGCCAAGCCUCCUUUUCGCAAUCGAGAAGAGCAGUUUCUCUCAAUAUGGUGCAAAAUCUGGCCCUUGGACGAUUUGAAGCACGCAAGUAUCAGUGUUCGUGGCAAUGCGGCAUUUGCUCGGGAGGUCAUGAAAAGCGUCCGCAUGCGUGAUAGAUCCUUCGACUCACUCUUUAAUUUUGAUGGAAAUACGAAAUCGCAUGUCGACUCUGCUCUUCUGGGGGGCGUUGAGCAGCAGAGAGUCACGGCGAAACUCAACACUGCAGCUUUCCUUGGGCGAACCAUAAUAGAGCUUGAGGUUCAGAUUACCAAGGUCGAGGAUGUCCCUGCAGUUGUUGAUCUACCAAACUGGUAGGGGGUGGUUUUUAGAAUCAUUUACGAUUUUUACUUAAUUUUAUCUACAAUUUAU